GCGCGCGCGUUUGCAGAGCGCAGCUCUCUCGUGACACGUCCUGGACGAGCCCUCGCGGACCUGUCAUCGGCGGAACGAACGUGGGGGGAAGAAGCAGCGAGGCUCGGAGCGCUGGAGCGGGACUGCUGGAUAAAGGGCUCCUUUUGUUCUUUUCUCUGUCAAAAGUUUUGCAGUAGUGCACUGAUGGAAGAGCCUGUGUUUGACUAUGAAAAUUAUAGCUAUUACUUGGAAUAUGGUGACUUUGAUGACAUAGGAAGACAGGGAUAUGUGCAGAAGGAAACAUUACACAUCAUCUCCGUAGUCAUCUACAGCAUUUCCUUUGUACUUGGGAUCAUUGGCAAUGGACUUGUGAUCUGGUUGACCACCUGCAAGAGGAAGCUAACUGUUAACACCAUAUGGCUGCUCAACCUGGCUGUGGCCGACUUGGUCUUUGUGCUCUUCCUGCCUGUUUCUAUUGACUACGUACUGCGGGACUUCCACUGGGACUUUGGUGUUGUCAUGUGCAAGCUCAACUCUUUUGUGUCAGUCAUGAAUAUGUACUCCAGCGUGUUGUUCCUCACAGUACUGAGUCUGGACCGCUAUGUCUCUCUGGUCCACCUUGACUGGUCUCAGAGACACCGGACUGUACGCCGGGCCUGGGCCGUGUGUUUGAUUGUAUGGGUCUUUGCUGUUGCCCUCAGCAUCCCUACAUUCAUAUUCCGGGACACCAUUGAGCUACAUAACAAGGUGGUGUGUUUCAACAAUUUUGAGAGAGAGGAAGGCCAUGUAGCAGCCAUGCACCGACACAUUGCUAUAGUAGCUAUCCGCACCACAGUGGGUUUCCUGCUUCCCUUCAGUGCCAUUACUGUAACCAGUGUCCUCCUAGCUGUCCGAGUGUACAGCUCGACUAUUGUCCGACUGUCCAGCUUUUCUAAGACAGUUUCAGCGAUCAUCCUAGCUUUCUUUCUUUGUUGGGCACCUUUCCACGUAUUCAGCCUCAUGGAGAUUUCAAUGUACAUUUCACCACAGCUGGGAGAUGUGUUAAGAGUGGGCUUCCCUCUAGUUACAAGCCUGGCUUUCUUCAACAGCUGUGUCAAUCCUUUGCUCUAUGUGUUGAUUGGCCAGAAGGUGAGGCGCCUUCUGAAACGCUCCUUUUUAGAGCUCACAAAGAAAUCACUGCGCGAGCUCAGCCAGUCUGUCUCCGCAACACAGUCCAUAUCUGUGCCAGCUAAUGCUCCGGCUGCAGAGUCCAUCGAAUUGUCAAUUGUGUGAGGACGCGUUCUCACUAGCAGUAAUGUACCAUCAUUGUAUUACUUUUAUAGUUAAGUCUCAAGUAUAUUAUUGAAACUGAUUCCAGUUACUUAAGGAUCCUUCUUAAGAUGCAUAUCACAGCUGCAACAAGCCUCUGCUAUUUCCUGUAAGUGCAGCAAAAACCCUGAGUAAAAAAAAAAAAAAAUAA